AAAAUCAAAAAAGGUCUGACGAAACAAAAGAAACCAAAAAUGACAACCAAAAGAUAUUUGUCAAUAAUCUUUCUAAUGUUUUACUUCCACCUUUCAUUGAAAAUACUCUUAGUCUAGUUCCUGCAGAUAAAAAUCUUGGUUUAACAAUCUUAAACAAAGAUAAAUACUAUAAUUUAAUGCUUGAUUUAUUAAAUGAUAGUUCUAGCUGGACUGAAAAAUCAUGCUAUCAAAAUGGCAUUCAUGCUCAUUUUAUUC